AAAUAAGCUCUUUCAAUGUUUGUCCCAUUAUUAUUACAGUUAAAGCAAAAGAAUCCUACUGUUGUUUCCCUCUUCCUUGCAUCCUUUCUUCUUUUUUUGUUCACGGCUUUAUUCAAUUAUGGAUUCCUUCGUUGAACAAGAUGAUCAACCGACUAGUGGGGGCGGCUGGUUCUUCAAUUGGCUAUUUUCUCCUACUACUGCUAGCCAACGCCUAUCACAUCAUAUGACGGAUAAUGAAGCGCAAACGUCAACUUACGCCAAAAAUCAGCAAACUCUUGCCUCUCAACGUUCUCAAAAAUCAAAGCUUUCUAAGAGAGAUGCUGACAUCAGCAAGAAUAGAAAUAGUGCGGCAACACUUGUAUCGAAUGACGAUAAAGACAUUGAAGAAAUAAUGGAGCAACACUCCAACGAAGGAACCAAAGAGAAGAACAACAAAAACUGUGGACUACGGCGAAAAUUAACACGUAGAUUACAGCUGACAAAUAAUAACCUUGUCGUUGAUUGUCCUAUACCCGAUCGUUUAUUAUCAGCCUUAACCUUCAACGACCAUGAAGAAUUUUGCAAAUUACGAUACACAGCUGCUACAUGCGAACCAGAUGAUUUCGAGACAAACGGCUUCACUUUAAGGCCAAAGCUUUUCAAUAGAGAAACAGAAUUAUUUAUUGUCAUGACAAUGUAUAAUGAAGACGAAAUAUUAUUUACACGGACGAUGCACGGUGUCAUGAAAAACGUUGCUCAUUUAUGUAGCUUAAAGAAGAGUGCCAUGUGGGGUAAAGAAGGCUGGAAAAAGAUCGUUGUUUGUAUUGUAGCAGAUGGGAGAAAUGUGGUGAAUCAAAGGGUCCUGAAUGUUCUUGCCACUAUGGGAGUAUAUCAAGCUGGAAUAGCAAAAAAUAUUGUUGGUGAUAAGCCAGUGAAAGCGCACAUUUACGAGUAUACAACGCAGAUUUCAAUAGACUCUGAUAUGAAUAUUAAAGGCUCCGAUAAGGGCAUUGUACCAGUACAAGUUAUGUUUUGUUUAAAAGAGAAAAAUGCCAAAAAGAUAAAUUCACACAGAUGGUUUUUUAAUGCAUUCGGACCCGUCCUCAAACCCAAUGUAUGCAUUUUGUUGGACGUUGGUACUCGACCGGGAAAUAGCAGUAUUUAUCAGCUUUGGAAAGCUUUCGAUCGAAACCCUUUAAUAGGAGGCGCUUGUGGUGAGAUUCGAGCAAUGCUGGGGACAGCCUGUUGUCAACUUUUGAACCCUUUGGUAGCUGCUCAAAACUUUGAAUAUAAAAUGUCCAACAUUCUUGACAAGCCAUUAGAGAGUGUUUUUGGUUACAUAAGUGUUUUACCUGGUGCAUUCUCCGCCUACCGUUAUGCCGCUCUCAAAAAUGAUGUGAACGGCCAUGGUCCUUUGGAAAAGUAUUUUAUGGGCGAGGAUUUGCACAAAAAUCUAGGACAGCACCAGCCUAAAACGGGCGACGAUGAUAAACCAAUAUUGAAGAGUAAAGAAGGUGGAUUAUUCGAAGCCAACAUGUACUUAGCUGAAGACCGUAUCUUAUGCUUUGAGUUAGUGGCUAAGAAAAAUGAAAAAUGGCUGCUCCAAUAUGUCAAAAAUGCCUUUGCUGAAACAGAUGUACCAGGGCAGCUCCCAGAGUUUAUUUCGCAAAGGCGGCGAUGGCUGAAUGGCUCUUUCUUUGCUGGUGUUUACGGUUUAAUCCAUUUCAAGAAGAUUUGGAGUAGUGGGCAUGGCUUCAGUCGGACACUGCUACUUUUGUUAGAAGGCAUAUACAAUGUUAUUAGUCUUGGUUUCAGUUGGUUCAGUGUGGGCAAUUUCUUUAUAGCCUUCUACUUCAUAACUAAAAGCUUGGCAGCUUCAAGUGUUGAUCCUUUUGGAAAUGGCUGGGGUGGUAGAAUUCAUGAUUUCUGUAAAUAUGUCUAUGCAUUUUUAUUGUUUGUAAUAUUCAUCUGUUCGAUGGGGAACCGACCCCAAGGAUCAAAGAUUUUAUUUAUGUCAUGCUUAGUUGGCUUUGCAUUGAUCAUGUGUUAUAUGCUAUUUUGCUCUGCUUGGCUUAUUUACAAAGGUAUCUAUUUGGCAGCAGAGAAAUAUAACUGGACUUACGAUACAACAACAAAUUUCCAAAUUGCCAUGCAAGACUCAGGGCUAAGAAAUAUUGUCAUCUCCGUGGGCUCAACAUAUGGUAUCUACUUUAUUUCCAGCCUUUUGUACCGUCAACCCUACCAUAUGUUUACAAGUUUUUUGCCGUAUAUAUUGCUCUUACCUGGAUAUGUAAACAUUUUGAAUAUCUACGCAUUUUGCAAUACACAUGACGUGAGUUGGGGAACGAAAGGUGACAAUUCUAUUGCCAAGGAUCUUGGUAUAGUAAAGGUCUCUGAGAAAGAGAAAGGCAUCAAGACUGUAGAAAUUGAACUUCCUGGCGACAAAUAUGAUAUUAAUUGUCAGUACGAUGAAGCAUUAUUUGCAUUGGACUCCAAGAUUUCAACAACUGCGUCUAGUACAAGUCUUACAAAAGACGAUUAUUAUCGUUCUUUUAGAACACACCUUGUAUUAACAUGGAUUGCUUGUAAUGCUGUUUUGGUAGUCUUCAUUACUACGGCAAAUUAUGAGUCUAUCCUAGUGAACUCAGUUGGUACCACAUAUAUGUCUGUUAUGCUGUGGGUAAACUGUGGUUUGGGAUUGUUCCGUUUUUUGGGCUCACUUAUGUAUCUUACUUUGAACCUUUUUACUUCUGUUUGAAUUGUGAUUUGAAAUAUGUAUUUAUAAAAGUUGAAACCGAAAAAAAAACAGGUAUAGGAACGCAAUUCGUAUCAAAGGAUGUAACAAAUUUAUACACUGCAGGUUAAAAAACUUGAUUAAGAUUAAUAACUUCGGUUCGAAAUAAGAACUGUAUGCUAGCAUUGCCAUUAUUUUGUACCCAAUGGAGCAAUACCUAUAGCAUCUCUCUUGUUAUGCAAAUAUAUAUUGAGAAGAUCUCAGUUGACGAACUUUGUUAUAAUAUUAAAAGUUAUCAAGAAUUUUCAACCAUUAAUUGUUUGUUAUUUACGCGUUCCAUUGAAUUACAAUAUGUUAUUAUAUACUGCAG